AUGAUUACUCAAGCUUUGAAAGCCUUUGCUCAUCUUGGAGAUCUUCAACGUGGUAUAAAUAUGCAUCAUACUAUUUCAUCACGUAUAAAUAAUGAUUCUUACAUAUUCGCAUCAUUAAUUCAUUUCUAUAAUCAUAUUAAAAAUAAUCAAGCAUAUAAAGCAAUGGAUCUUUCCAAUGAGAUUGAUAAACCGAAUGAUGUUAUUAUUAUUCUUUUAUUUAAUACUUGUGCUCAAUUAGGAACCACAGAAGCAUCAAAUUUAGCAAAAAGAGUUUCAAAAACAAUUCCACAAUUGUUUUACUCAAAUCUUCAUCUUCUAACUUCUUUAUUAGAUGCAUUAAUGAAAUGUGCUCAAUUAUUGUUUGAUAGAUCAACAAGAAAAGCACUAUCGAUGUAUGGAGCAACGAUGAAUGGAUAUAAUAAAGAUAAAAAUCCUUCUAAAACAUUAAAUUUAUUUUAUCAAAUGAAAAUGGAUGGUAUUGAACCAAAUUUCUACCUCGAUUUUUGUUGA